GCUAACAGUUGCAGGGUUUAUUACAUAAAUUCGUCUUUUUCGGCUAAAAAAAUAAACGCGUCUUUAUGUCAUUGCAGUUUUUAAAAGCGCUACCCCAUCUGCGCCGCGCCACCUACGCCGUGACUCAGAUUGCGAGAACAACGUGGAGUGAGCACAUUGCCACGAAAGUAUUUUUUGGCACCACCACCACAAAGAGUACCCCCGCCGCACCACCAGCACCCACUCAGCCACAACCUUCAUCAACACCCACCACUUGGGGCACUAAGAAACAGAAUAGAAAGGUAAAACUAAGAUCCGCAGCUGCCGAGUUCAUCAUGUCGAAUCCAGAGAUUGAAGCCCAACUGGCUCCCUUAAGGGAACGAGUUCAGGAGCAGGGAAAUUUAGUUCGCGAUCUUAAGGCCAAGGGAGCCCCCGAAUUGGAUGUGAAGAAGGCAGUGGCUGAGCUGAAGGCCCGCAAGAAGUUGCUGGAGGACAAGGAGCUUGCUCUGACCCCCAGCGUCGUUAGCUUCGAUCGCGCUAAAAUGGAGGAUCUUCUUAAGCGUCGCUUCUUCUACGACCAGAGUUUUGCCAUUUAUGGCGGUAUCACCGGUCAAUACGAUUUUGGACCUAUGGGCUGUGCCCUUAAGUCCAACAUCCUGGCUCUGUGGCGUCAGUACUUCGCCCUGGAAGAACAAAUGUUAGAAGUGGACUGCUCUAUACUUACUCCAGAACCUGUGCUGAAAGCCUCCGGUCAUGUGGAGAGGUUCGCUGAUCUGAUGGUCAAAGAUGUCAAGACGGGCGAGUGCUUCCGUUUGGAUCAUCUAAUCAAGCAGGCUCUGGAGAAGCUGUCUAAGGCCAAGGAGGCCACUCCUGCCCUUCAGGCCGAAUGCGAGGAUAUCAUCAUCAAGCUGGAUGGUCUAAACAAACAGGAAUUGGCUGAUGUGCUGGCUAAGUACAAUAUCAAAUCUCCAUUAACCGGUAAUGAUUUAACGGAACCUAUUGAAUUUAACCUGAUGUUCGCCACUCAAAUUGGACCCACUGGCUUGGUCAAGGGUUUCCUGAGGCCAGAAACUGCCCAGGGCAUCUUUGUUAACUUCAAGCGACUACUGGAAUUUAAUCAGGGCAAGCUUCCGUUCGCCGUGGCUCAAAUUGGCAACUCAUUCCGCAAUGAAAUCUCACCCAGAUCGGGCUUGAUUCGUGUGCGAGAGUUUACAAUGGCGGAGAUUGAACACUUCUGCGAUCCCGUGCUCAAGGAUCAUCCCAAAUUUGGAAAUAUCAAAUCGGAGAAGAUGACCCUAUACUCGGCGUGCAACCAGAUGGAUGGCAAGUCCGCUUCCCAGGUGGAAAUUGGCGAGGCUGUGGCCACUAAACUGGUGGCUAACGAGACUCUCGGUUAUUAUAUGGCCCGCAUUCAGCAGUUCCUCCUAGCCAUUGGCAUAAAACCUGAGUGCUUACGUUUCCGUCAGCACAUGUCCAAUGAAAUGGCUCACUAUGCCUGCGAUUGUUGGGAUGCCGAGAUACUUACUUCGUAUGGAUGGGUGGAGUGCGUGGGCUGCGCCGAUCGCAGUGCCUACGAUUUGGGACAACAUACGGCAGCUACUGGAGUCCGAUUGGUGGCCGAGAAGCGGCUGCCGGCUCCCAAAACUGUUGAGGUCAGUGAAAUUGUUCCCAACAAGCAGGCUUUGGGCAAGACCUUCAAGAAGGAAGCCAAGAAUAUUACUGAUGCGUUAGCCAAGCUAUCGCUGGAAGAGAUUACCAAAGUGGAGCAACAACUGGCUGGCGAUGGUCAAUACAAACUUACCACCGCAGAUGGCCAAAGCCACGAGCUCGGCAAGGACACCAUAAGCGUGAAGCACUCGUCUAAAACGGUCCAUGUGGAGGAGUUUAUCCCAAGUGUGGUGGAACCGUCAUUUGGUAUUGGUCGCAUCAUGUACUCCCUUCUGGAGCACAGUUUCCAGUGCCGUGACGGCGACGAGCAGAGAUGCUACUUCACCUUGCCUCCGCUGGUGGCGCCCAUCAAGUGCUCCAUCCUCCCUCUGUCCAACAACACAGACUUCCAGCCUUAUACUCAGAAACUUUCUUCGGCCCUGACCAAGGCGGAACUUUCGCAUAAGGUUGACGACUCCAGCGGCUCCAUUGGUAGGCGGUAUGCCCGAACGGAUGAGAUUGCAAUUCCCUAUGGCAUCACCGUGGACUUUGACACUCUGAAGGAACCGCAUACGGUGACUCUGCGGGAUCGUAAUUCCAUGAAGCAGGUGCGUGUCGGUCUCGAGGAGGUUGUGGGCGUGGUCAAGGACUUAUCAACGGCGAGAACCACCUGGGAGAAGGUCACCGAGCAGUAUCCUCUGUUUGAGCAGCAGGAGGCCAGCAAGUAACCGGAUGAUCAACGAGUUUCUCACGCAUGACAUGCAUUUACAGAGUUACAAAGUUUUCUAUUUCUUUUAUAUCUACGCUUAAAAUUGAAUAAACAUGCAACAUUUAAUGCUUUGCACGCCGGAA